CCCUGUUGCAUGAGUUUUGAAAUCUCAGCUUCUUUUAUCAUAAUUGAAUGCAAAGGUGUCGAAAAGUGCAGUCUUUCUUUCUUUCUUUCUUUCUUUCUUUCUUUCCAAAUUAACUCUGUGUCUUUAGCUAUUAUAGAGAUUAGAAAUCCUUCUAUAUGUUUUGGCAUGAUCUGUGCGUCUUUCAGCCCCCAUGCGCAUGUAUCAUAUAUCACCGACUUCAUAACCGUCGGAGGCGUGUACAGGUCACUAGAACGUGCAUAUGAUCUGUGGUUUGAAAAUGACAUGCUUGCUUUCACGCACCAGGUUUCCUUUUUUUUUUUUUUACUUUUUUUUUUAAGGAUCAAGUGGUCAUAAGGCAGAGUACUGCGUCUAGACAGGGGACGGAGAGUCGGUAGAUGGCAGUCGUGUCCCUUCUGCACUAGACAGGAAGAAGCAGCGCAUCAAACACUCACACUUAGUACCCAGGCUAUACACAAUCACACACGCACAUGUGUGCGUCAAACAGGCGCUACAGACCUGUCCGAACGCGCGCACACCCCCUCAUCAUAUAAUCUAUAGCGUUCCGGGUUAUUGCACUCGACCAAUCAUUGGUAAGAUGGAAAAAGAUUAUUGGACCAUUGACUUUUACGCAUCCAAGAAGACGCCAGUGAGGACAGUCAGAAGAGUGAGACUUUGGGCUGAGGGCUACAUCAAUACGUGUUAGAAGAUUCUUGGUGUCACCAGCGGAGUGCGCUGAGCCGAUGCCCACCGUCUGGGUAUACUUCACACUAGAACUUCAUUCACCGAAGAGAUCUCGACGUAUUCGACGAGUCUCGUCUCUUUAGAUGCUCCUGCUCGCGGGUUGACUCACUUGUAGCUGUUCUCCGGUCAGCUCUCGCGCGCUGCGUAACACCGCAGCAUCAUUCGCGUGGAUUUUCGUCGCGUCAGUGGAUUGCUUUUCGUCGGAGUUGAGUUGAACUGUAUUGAGUAUCUGAUGGGAUGUAGCUUUUGAUGAAUACCUCGCCUCUGACAAGUUUAUACGCAUGUGAAAAGGAACUACGGCGGUGGUUAGUAUAUAUUAAUCAAUCAACUAAGAAAGGGAUGAUUUGACUCACAUUUGGCGCAUUUUCAUCCACUUUCCUGAAAAGAAAAUAGAAACUUGGAAGAUUUUGUCCUUUUUCUCCUUUCCAGAUGAUGCUGAUUGUCUUGGAUAUGAUGUGAUAUACGAAUAUUUGCGCGAGGUUUUCUCUCGCAAGGCAUUCCGUAGGACAUAGUCACAUUUCAAGGAAAUAAGCAUCUUGAAAUCCGCACUGGGCUGUGAGUAGAAAUCUAAUCAGAUCGGGUGCGUAAAGGGGGAAGAAAAGUUCCGUUUUAAACCAUGACUGUGGAAUAAGACCAUCAGCUUGCCUGCGUGUAUGGUCUGUUGAAGAUUGAGAUGAAGAAGAUGCAGGGAAUGGUCCAUCUCAGGGAUAAAACCCAUCUAGAUGCGUACUGGAUGAAUGUGAAAACCCAAAUCUGUGGUGGUAAACGCCAAGAAUGACACGCAAAACCAGGGAGACGACGAAUUAAUUGAUUUAUCAGCAGGAAAAGACUCGGUACACCGGAUUUUGAUGAUGCAGGGCAAGAAAGCAUCGAGAUAUUUGCUCUAGAGGCACUCGUCCAUAUGAUGGCAUUGACAGGAAGACCGAGUGGAUAUACGGGAGCGAAUUUCUUCUCAUAGAAGCUUGUAAAACUGCUCUUGGAUAGCUUGGAUAGCCCAAAGUACACGCUGAAGAACAUUUCAUUCGCCUCGCGCUACAUUCCUUGAGAAUUGCGGAUGGAUUUUCGUGCUUUGGAAGCGAACGAAACGGCGAUUUGAACCUCACAGAUUGAGAAAGACGAAGCCAGCUAGCGAAACCGAGCGUGAAGAUGUCCAGAAACUUCUGGCACUGUGGAAGACUUGGCAGUUUGGCCUAAUAAAACCCUUCCCAAAGAGUGGAGAACCUGUCAGCGAAUUAUGAAUGAUAAACAAGAUGACCUCCUCCCUGAUGCAGCAGACGAUGAGAGGUCCUAGGUGGAACCGGGCCCUGUCCGACCCAUUGUUCGUGCUGUCACUGGCCCUGCAGCUUCUGGUGGUGGCUGGCCUGGUGCGAGCGCAGACCUGCCCCUCCGUCUGCUCUUGUAGCAACCAGUUCAGCAAGGUCAUUUGUACGCGACGUGGCCUUCGAGAUGUACCUGAUGGUAUUUCCACCAACACAAGGUACCUGAACCUUCAGGAGAACCUCAUCCAGGUGAUUAAGGUUGACAGCUUCAAGCAUUUGAGGCACCUGGAGAUCCUACAGCUCAGCAAAAACCAUAUCCGCAACAUUGAAAUCGGAGCUUUCAAUGGGCUGGCCAACCUCAACACUCUGGAGCUCUUCGAUAACCGUUUAACCACAAUCCCCAAUGGGGCUUUCGAGUACCUGUCCAAACUUAAGGAGCUUUGGUUGAGGAAUAACCCUAUUGAGAGUAUACCCUCUUAUGCCUUCAACCGUGUACCAUCGCUGCGAAGGCUAGACUUGGGUGAGUUGAAAAGGCUCUCUUAUAUCUCAGAAGGUGCCUUUGAAGGCCUAAGCAACUUGCGGUACCUGAACCUGGGCAUGUGCAACUUGAAGGAGAUCCCCAACCUCAUUCCUCUUGUUCGUUUGGAUGAGUUGGAGAUGUCAGGAAACCAGCUCUCUAUAAUUAGGCCAGGGUCUUUCAAAGGCCUCGUCCACUUACAGAAACUGUGGAUGAUGCAUGCGCAGAUCCAGACGAUCGAGAGAAAUGCCUUUGAUGAUCUCCAGUCCCUUGUGGAGCUCAAUUUGGCCCACAAUAACCUUACCCUCCUGCCUCAUGACCUCUUCACCCCACUACAUCACUUGGAGAGGGUACACUUGCACCACAACCCCUGGAAUUGCAACUGUGACAUCCUCUGGCUCAGCUGGUGGCUAAAGGAAAUGGUGCCGGCCAAUACCAGUUGCUGCGCCCGCUGUGCGUCACCUACUAGCCACAAAGGGCGAUACAUCGGCGAACUUGACCAGAACUAUUUCCAUUGUUAUGCACCGGUGAUCGUGGAGCCACCGGCGGACCUGAACGUGACUGAGGGAAUGGCAGCAGAACUGAAAUGUCGAGCGAAUUCUUUGACCUCAGUCAGCUGGAUCACGCCCAAUGGGUCAAUCAUGACGCAUGGGGCGUACAAGGUACGCAUUUCCGUGCUCAACGAUGGGACGUUAAACUUUACCAAUGUCACGAUGCAGGACACUGGAACAUACACUUGUAUGGUGAGCAACUCCGCAGGCAACACAACAGCCUCGGCUACGCUCAACGUGUCCUCGACAGAGAACAGCAGCUUCAGUUACUUCACUACAGUUACCGUUGAGACCACAGAAGCGUCACAUGAUGAGGGCCACCCAACGGUACAGCAGAAAGGCGGCCCCACUCCUUCUUCUGGAAUUUGGGAGACUUUACCACCUUCCUUCACCACCACUACCACCACCACAGCACGGACGCCAAUGUCCACAAAGGCCACCGACAAGACCUACACCAUCCCUGUCACGGCCCUGAUCGACGGCUCCCUCAACACCCUGGAUGAGGUCAUGAAGACCACUAAGAUCAUCAUCGGUUGCUUUGUGGCCAUCACACUGAUGGCCGCCGUCAUGCUGAUCAUCUUUUAUAAAAUGCGCAAACAGCAUCACCAGCAGAACCACCACGCACCGACACGAACCAUUGAGAUUAUCAACGUGGAUGAGGAUUGCGUAACGGGUGGACCUACCAUGGAGGGCCAUCUUGCCCUUCCCCCACUGGAGCAUGAGCACCUGAAUCAUUACACUGCUUACAAGACUGUGUACAACCAUGCCUCCACCAUCAAUUCUAUACACAGCUCUGCCCACGAACCUUUGCUAAUUCGGGCCAGCUCAAAAGACAAUGUACAAGAAACCCAGAUCUGAACUGCUUUUCAUAAUGGGGAUUAAACGAAGAAAAAAAAAAAGACCUCUAAAACUCUUAAGGAACAGUAUGUGACAUAUCGAUUUUGAAGAUUGUCGAAACAAAGACAAUAGACCGAUGCAAGACGUAUAAGAAGGAUGUUGAUGGGUAGAAAAGGACAUUGGGAGUUGAGUGUACGUCAACAGUUUCAAAAGUGUCUUUACAACAGAAGUUAUUUAUUUAAGGAAAAUAACUAUUGUGGUUUAAUCAAGAAAAGAUGUAAUCAGCAAUUAUUUUUCCAGCAAUUAUUUCUCCAUGUUUUUUAAUGUUAUUUUAAGAGUUGUUGGUUUACUAAUUUGCUUUUAAACUCUGUUUAAAUUUGUUGUUCUGUAUGUGUGGACCCAAUUCAAAGUCAUUUGCAGCUGAAUCUGAAUCUGUCCGCCUGUCUGAAACCUCAAAAUUCACUUUUAAUGUCAAUACUUUUAAAAUAUUAGGUUACAGAUUGUCAUAUUACAAAACAUCCCACGCCAUAAUUGUUUAAACUGAUCACGUUAAUUCUAAAUGAUUUAUUUGUUGACUCCCCUUAAUUAGUGAUAUUUGACAAUAUCACAUUAUUCAGUUACCCUUGCUGAAAAAUAAGCUUUUUAAACCAGAUUAAGCUGGUUUGCUGGUCAUGGUUGGUCUCCAAGCCUGAUCAGGCCCAUCUGUUGGCUGGUUUUAGAGGGGUUUUGGGCACUUUUCAAUUGGACAGGUUGGGAGACAAGCUUAAACCAGAUAAUUUUUCAGCAGGGAUGGCUGCUACAAAUUAUAUGCAGAUGUAUACCUGGCUUCUAUACUCUAAAAUUUACAACAAAGAGCCCUGGAAACAUGUUCCCAUUUAAAACCUGGCCAGAAAACAUGUCUAUUUGAUGCAUGGAGGGAAAUUUUGAAUCAUUUAUGUGCUCAGACUAGAAGAUUUAUGAUUAAGAUAGCAUUUGGGGUUGGCCCACUUGCUUUUAAAUGUGUUUUUAGGCAUCUCCUGCUUAAAAUAUGCUUUAUGUUCUUAAGCAGUUUUCUGCAUCUUCUUUAACAUAGCAAACAACAUUGUGAGUUCUUGUGGCAGUUCAUCCUUGAUACCCUACUAGACUUUCCCAAUACUCAUACACAGAUGCAGCAUACUCAUUCUAUGCCAAAUGCUAUAUGGGCAGGGGGCCGAAGACUGUAGGCCUUUAUUCAAAGGUUGACAGAUUGGAAUGGCAAAAGCAUAGAGAUACUGACAUAGCACCAUUUCCAUUGCAAUCCAUUUUAUCUUGGUGCUCUCCAUUCUGGGAUGGUCUAAAAAGCCAGACAUAGAACCCUGAAUAACAGGGCAAAGUCAGAUCUAAGGCUUCCAAAGAUGCCACAGGUGUGUCUUUAUAGAUUCUGUAGAUUCCUCUCACUAGUUCUUUUUUCCCUCCAUAUUCUAUCUUCCAACAUUCUGCACUGUCAAUCUUUUCAUAGGCAGUUAUGCAAUUCUUUUUAAACUUCUAAAUCGUAUUCAAUCACUUUUAUUUAUUUUCGGUACAGACCGAGAAUGAUACAUCCAUCUUUGGCUUUACACAUGCUGUAGUCUUUGGCUGCAGGGGGAAUGACUUGAGAUUAUGAAUUAAUUUAUGAAAUCAGAAUGGCCUGAGUCGGUCACUAUAGAAACCAGUGACCUUGGACGGGGCGGGUGGGGGCGGUGAGUAGUCGACAGACAUUGGGUUGACACUGUAAAUGUAUUCAGAGACAAAUGGGAGAGCGAGGCUGGGUGAAAGAGCCAAAGUGGACUCAUUUGAAGUGCAUCAUUUAAUCUAUGAAGCAAUCUAGAGGGCUAUAGGUAAUUUGAAGUAAACCAAUAAACCUGUGACAUUUUAUUCAGAUUCGUACGUUUCGUUUCGGCCAUUCAUAAUUAAUGCAAACUGCACAGGGGACUGACAGAAAGAUUUUUCUCUUGCUUUUUUGGUGUUAAUACAGAUGCUGACUGAUACCAUGUGGCAUUUGGUGAACCUUUCAGUAUCGUAUUUUGUUUCACACACCAGAUGCACUCUGAUUUUUAAAAAUCUAAGGUAAUUAUGUUUGUCAGCUUUGCUAUUUCAUUACAUUACAAAAAAGUUUUUGAGCGUAACUCCUGCCCACUAGAAGCAAAGGCCAUCUGGUACAUUUUCUAAUCAAGAUAUACAAGCGUGCAAAAAAAGACUGUUCUUCAUCUGAAUAUGCUGCUCUUUCGAAUCUUAAUUAAUUUCCUUGUCUUUCUGAUUUUAUUUUGUGUUGUCACUGAAAUUGACGUUAAUCUAAACACAGGUUCAUUACAGCAAAAGAAGAUCCUUAUUGCCAAUGGAGUUUAGCACAAAUGUAAACCAAGUUAUUGAGUUGAGUGUUGCUUUCAGUUCAGCAUUUUAUUUAUUUAUUUUGAAGAUUUGGAUCAUUGUCUUAAACUGUCGAUUUUUGGAAAAAUUCCAUGAGGUUUUUUUUUUUUUUUUUCGUAUGUUUGUUCUGUCCCAUCAUGUAAACACAUCUGUGUUUUGGGUUUUGUUUAAGGAGGGAACGAAAUGCUUUUCUCUCCGUUCCACGUAACUUCUUUCUUUUCGUCUCUGAGAGGGAAUGCUGUUCUAGUGGUAGAUUUCUAUAAAAAUAAAUUUUGAAAAUAAAAACAAAAAAAAACAAAACAAAAACUUUUUAAAUUUUAAUUUUACAUGUGCCAACCUGUUCUAAAAGAUUAAAAAAAAGAGAGCGAGAUGCUGUAAAAGACGACUGGAUUGAUUUUCAUGUAAACAUUAUUUCAUGACCUUAAAAAAAAAAAAAAGAUGGAGAUCGAUUAUAGAAAUCAGAGUUUGUAGUUCAUACACAAGAUAAGGUUACAAAUAAACUAUCAUUGUCUUUUC